GUCGUCGAGAGCCAAGGAGAAAAAGCAGAAGCGGCUGGAGGAACGAGCGGCCAUGGAUGCCGUGUGUGCGCGCGUGGAGAUGGCAAACAAGCUCAAGGACCCCCUGGCUCCGUUUCCUGCCUUCAGGAAGUACGACAGAAAGGGGAUUAACAUGCUGAUCGAGUGUAAGCGGGCGUUGGACCUGGACCCCCUCACUGUGGACUGGGCGGUGGAGCUGACUCGGACCAACAUGCAGGCCAUGUAUGAGCAGAUGAGUGAGUGGGGGUGGAAGGAGCGGGAGAAGCGGGCGGAGUUGACGGACGAGCGUGCGUGGUACCUGGUCGCGCGGGACGGGGGGGACGGACGCUGCCCGACGCCCUUCUCCCACUUCCGCUUCGACGUGGAGUGCGGGGAGGUCCUGUACUGUUACGAGGUUCAGCUGGAGUCCAGGGUGCGGAGGAAAGGACUGGGCAAGUUCCUGAUGCAGAUCCUACAGCUCCUGGCAAACAGCGCACAGAUGAAGAAGGUGAUGUUGACGGUUUUCAAGCACAACAGCGGUGCAUUCCACUUCUUCAGAGAGGCCAUGCAGUUCGACAUUGACGAAUCCUCGCCCAGCCUCACCGGAUGCUGCACGGACGACUGCACCUACGAGAUCCUGAGCCGACGGACGAAAUACGGCGAGCUCCCUCACCAGCACGGGGGCCAGCACUGCGGGGGCUGCUGCCACUGACCCUUCGGCCCUCCGUCCCAGCCCCGUACUAUCCCUACCUACUACCGGUGCCGCUCGCUCGGGGGGGGAAAGCCCCACUCCCCCCCCAAAACACACCGACGGCGGCUGCAAGAACGGAAACUGCAGGCGCCGGCUUCGAAGCGCAGGUGCAGGCACGAAGACGCCCGGAGGAACUCAGCGGGACGGGCG